GUUGGGUUGUGCGGCUGCUGUGUGUUUGGCUGCGCAUCAGCGCGAAGGAUCAAAGGGUGUCAUGUGUCAAAGUCACAUCUCAUGCCGCAAACACCGAUUGCUCAGCUCUUUGCUUGCUUGCUUUGCUUCACUCACCUGCUUGCUUGCUGAUCGGCAAACAUUGUUCACAAUCCACCCCACCCUUUGGCGACGGCAACUUCCGAAUACCCACAGCAACAGCAACAGCAACUUGCGAACACAAACACACACACACACACACACACACGCACACUGCAAGUUCUUCGCCACACUGCCGUGGAAAGAAGGCAAGGCACGCCAGGCAUCCCAUCCAUCAAACAAAGCAGCAGCACCACCUGCCACACCAGCAGCAAGCCACGGAACAACAGCAGCACCAUCCGCUCACAACAGCCAUACCUACCGCAUCUGCUGCACACCACACACCAAUCCGGCGUUCUGUUCAUCUCGGCAACCAGGCAGGCAUUCAUUCUCCGAUCCAACCAACACCAAACCACAGAUACACCAGAUCCCUCGAGCGGAUCAACACAGCAACCCUGCAUAAUUUGUGAGACGGCCUUGACUGCCUGAGCACAAACAAGAAACUUGCAUCAACUACCUCCGAGCAUCGAAUACUGAGCAACAGCAACAACUGAAAGGGUGUGCAACGCGACCUCACCAUGGCUGCACUCGGCGUCACGGACAACCUGGCCUCGCUGGAAAACCUGGACGAGGCCACUUUGCUCAAGGAGCUUCAAACUCGCUUCGACAACGAUGUCAUCUACACCUACGUGGGCGAGAUUCUCGUCUCAGUGAACCCGUUCAAGCAGAUUGACGGCCUGUACAGCGAUGAGCAAGCGCGCAAAUACGCUGUUGUUGGGGACAAGGGCGCCGUCAAGCCUCACCUCUUUGCCAUUGCAGACAUCGCCUUCCAGAACAUGGUGCAAGGCGGCAAGGACCAGGCGUGUGUCAUCUCUGGCGAGUCUGGCGCAGGAAAGACAGAGGCCGCAAAGCUGUUUGUGAAGCACCUCAUCCACGUGAGCCACGGCUCGGAGGUACAGGGCCUGCACACCAAGCUGGUGCAGGUCAACCCGCUCUUGGAGGCGUUUGGCAACGCGCAGACGCUCAUGAACGACAACAGCAGCCGCUUCGGCAAGUUCACGGAGAUUGUGUUCAGCAAGGACGGCAGCAUCCGCGGCGCCGUCAUGAGCCAGUACCUCCUGGAGAAGUCUCGCGUCGUGCACCAGAACCCGGGCGAGCAGACCUUCCACGUGUUCUACCUGCUGCUUGCCGGCGCGACCGACGACGACCGCAUCACAUAUGCGCUACGCCAGCCAGAGGAGUACGGCUACAUUGCCAGCAACCCAGAUGCCCUGGAGGCCAUUGGCACCCCCGCGCUCGCCGCAGCAAGCAGAGAGCUGCACGAGUGCAUCCGCACCAUCGGCUUCACCGACGACGAGAAGGCCAACCUGUGGGCCCUCCUCUCGGGCGUGCUGCUGCUGGGCAACCUGGACUUCACAGACGUGGGCGAUGCAGCGGAGGUGGCCGCCGACAAAGCGCUCCUGCAGGACUGCUGUGCGCAGCUUGGCUUGGACGAGCACACGCUCAAGCUCGCCCUCACCCGCAGCGUGAACGUGAUCCGCGGCGAGGAGACGGAGCGCGCGUACAAGCUACACGAGGCCGUGGACUGCCGCAACGCAACAGCAAAGGCGCUGUACAACCGCGCGUUCUCGUGGAUCUUCGAGCGGUGCAACCAGCUCCUCGGCCCGCACAAGCGCAACCCUUCCGACCACAGCAUCGGCAUCCUGGACAUCUUUGGGUUUGAGUGCUUCGACACCAACAGCUUUGAGCAGCUGUGCAUCAACCUCGCCAACGAGCAGCUGCAGUUCUUCUUCAACGAGCACAUCUUCCGCAUGGAGCUUGUGGAGUACGAACGCGAGGGCAUUGACGGUGCCGCCAUCACCUACACAGACAACAAGCCCCUGCUUGACCUGUUUCUCAAGUCAAAGACGGGGCUCAUCGCCGUCCUAGACGAAGAGAGCAACUUCCCGCGCGCAACAGACGACACGCUUGUGGAAAAGCUGCAUGGACGCUUCACGGAGCACAACGACUACACCCGGCCGCGCGGAAACGAGUGCCAGUUCACCUUGCGUCAUUACGCUGGACACGUGGAGUAUGACGCCGACGGCUUCCUCUACAAGAACAGAGACACACUCGCAGUUGAUGUCAUUGGCGCCCUCCGCGUCAGUGAGAACGAGCUUGUACGCAAGUUGUUUGGUGCUGAACCCGCAAAAGCGGUCAAGGGCAAUCGCAAACACGGCCCCAAGGGCAAGCUGCUCAACCUGAAGGAAUCCAAGGCCCUCAUGCGUGCAAGCACACGUCAGGCACGCGCCGAUCUCGCCCGCAAGCAGCGCGCCUCCGUUGCCACGACAUUCAAGAAAUCGCUGUCCGAGCUGAUGGGGCGGCUAAACGUUGCGUCGCCGCACUUCAUUCGCUGCGUGAAACCAAACCUGGACAAGCAGUGUGAGCUGUUUGAUGAAGACUUGGUGUCGAAGCAACUCAAGUACACAGGCAUGCUCGAGACAACACGCAUUCGUCGCGAAGGCUUUGCAUACAGGCCCCUCUUUGCAGACUUUGUCUCAAGGUACAAAGUGCUGGCGUGGAACGUUGGAGAGAGCGCGUCUGCCCAGGCCACGUGCCGCCGCAUCCUUGACAACGCCGGCAUCGAUGGGUACUUUGUUGGCAAGACCAAGGUGUUCCUGCGCUACUGGCACGUGGACCAUCUCAGCGCCGCCGUGCGACCCGUACAGCUGGCUGCUUCCAGGCUGCAGAGCGCCGUGCGCGGGUUCUUUGCGCGCCGGCGUGUGCGCACCAUCAUGGCUGCUGCUGCCGAGGAGAAGAAGCAGGCCGAGCGCUUCCUGAUUGGCGCUGAAAGGGCCGGUCUGGGCGUCCGUGAUGUCCUAUUGCACAUGUGCGAGUUGGACGAACGCCGCUUCCAGGCCGCACAGCUGAGCGACGACAACAUGCUUGGUGCCGAUGAUGAUGACGAUGAGGAGGACGAUGAGGAGGAAGAGGUGUAUCCGCCACACAACCCGAACCCACCACUGCCGCCGCGCACGCCUGCCGGCAACAGCCCGUCACUGCAGCAACGGCGACGCACAGACCAGCGGGCGAAGAGCGUCAAGUGGUUCCGUGAUGUGGAGAAGCAAAAGGGCGCAGGCAUGGCCGAAAACUCGUUUGCACAGUGGUUCCACGGCGUCAUCUCCCGCAGGGAGGCCGAACACAUGCUGCGUGACAAGGAGAGCGGAACGUUCCUGGUGCGUGUGGCGGAGAGUCGAUUUGGAUACUCUCUCUCGCUCAUCCACGAGGGCCGCGUGAAGCACUUUAUGAUCAACGUCAACGGCGAUGAGGAAUAUCAACUUGUUGGCAACGACCGCCGCUUCCCAAGUUUGAAUGCCAUUGUCAACUACCACGAAACACACUCCGUCACCAGCGCACAUGACAGGCUCAAGCGCCCCUGCCCACGCCCAGACUCGGCAAACCUUGUCGAGCUGUCGUGACAUGACAUGACACCUGCUAAGCUUUGCUUUUGUUUGUUUGUUUGUUUCGUUUCGUUUCGUUUCGUUUGUGUUUGCUCGUGUUCAGAUGUUACAAGCGUGAACGCCACAGAUGUGAAAAGCGAGUGAGCGGGCGUAGUUAAACACCGCUUGCGUCAAUUUCAUUCUUCCCUUCCCUUCACCUUCACCUCUUUCCUUUCCUUCGCCUAUGCUGACUGACUGUUAAUGAUUCUGUUGCCAAAGCGCACGGUGCUCGGUUCUCGGCCGUGUGUGCUUUUGUUCUUUCAUGGCCGCGUCCAGGCGUCCCUGCCAGCCACCACGCUGGACACACGCGCUCCACAAUUGAAAAACACGCGAAAGCAU